AUGCACCGCUCGCAUUCUUUGGUCACAACCCGGGCGGCUAAGCACCUCACUCCUCCCCUACCGCACUCUGAUAGUUGUCAUGUAUCAUGGAUCUUUACAUUAUCUGAAGUACAGAGGAUUUCAUUUCUUUAA